AUGGCUAAAGCACCGAAGAAGGGCUCUGCCGAAGAAGCCAAAGAAAGCGAGGAGGCCAAGAAAGCUCGAAAAAGCGCUGAGGCCCUGAGGGGAAGCGGGGCCAAGAUGGGUUCCUCGGAGCGUGCCCAGUGGUACCGCCAAGAGAAACGGAAGCGGGCAACCGAGUCAAAGAAAAGCCGCAGGACCUUCGCAACGGCAGUGGGGGCCUUGGAAGAGACUCGCCAGACUGGGAAAUUGCAGCGGCUCACGAUACAUGACCCCCCGCGACUGGAUGCUAUGGCAGCCUACGAGCAGCGCUGCACGGAUCCGGACGUUGUGACCAAGGAGAUCAACGGGGAACUCUGCCUCCGGGUCAACAACGGAGGUCUGGAAAAUGUCGUGGACCGCCAUACCGUUGCAGCAUCCGUGCGGCAGCGGACUGACCUUGGCGAUGGCGAGCAGCUUGAUGGUUUCGAAGAGGAAAUCGCACCUCGCAUGAAACGUGCUUCUGACAAGCUCCAAACAGAGCGGCUUCUGUCAGAGCAGCAGGGCAAGCAGGCCUACGUUCCGGCCGUCGCGGUGCGACGAGAUUUGGAGCAAGAGAAGGAAGUUGCUGAGAACAGAGCUGCUGAAUUUCAGCAGCAAGCCUUGGCACUCAAGGAGAAAGCUGAUCAAAAGAGGAAAGAGUUGAAGGAGAAGCAAGCAACCCAGCUUCCCUCCUUGGCAGUGGCAAAGCUCAGCCUCACCAACGCUAUCCACAAG